CCUUGCUCAGCCUCAGGCUAGGCAGGAAGUGUGUGACUGGUGUUUACUUCCUGCCUGAGGCUGAGUGCUGCCGAACAGAGGCGCGGUCGCGGAGCUGCAACAUGAUUAAAUAUGGGAUACAGUCAAAAGAGAGCAUGGCCAGUGGAUGGAGGCAGUGGCAGGCAAUCUAGUAGGCAGCUGCAGAGGCUAAGAGGAUGACCAGGCUAUUAACACCAGGAGAACCUUGCAUCUCUCAGAGCACCACCGUCGGGACAGAUCACCAGCAAUUGGUAAAGAAUGGAGUAGCAAAUGGCAUUCUGUACAAGAGGGAGUUCAAGGAGUCCUUUGAAGAAGCUCCUUUGUACAUUCCCAUUCUCACCUACCUCGGUUAUGGAAUUCUGAUCUUAUUUGGUUAUUUACGGGAUUUCCUGAGAGCAUGCAGGCUGGAAAAGUGCCACAUGGCUGAGGAAAGAAAAGAGCAGAAAGACUUUGUGCCGCUCUACCAAGACUUUGAACAUUUUUACAAGAGAAAUAUCUACAUGAGGCUUCGUGAUAGCUUUAACCGACCCAUCUGCAGCGUGCCAGGACCCCAGUUUGACCUUAUGGAGCGGGUGACUGAUGACUACAACUGGACUUACAGGUACACUGGAAAGAUCAUCAAGGAUGCGAUAAACAUGGGAUCCUAUAACUACCUGGGGUUUGCAGAGAAUGAUGAGGAGUCACUGGGCGCAGUGAAGAGUAUAUUGGAGCAAUCUGGAGCUGGCGUUUGCAGCACCAGGCAAGAAAUGGGGAACUUGGAUAAAAACGAAGAGCUGGAGCAUUUGGUUGCAGAGUUCCUCAAUGUAGAAGCGGCGAUGGUAUGUCCCAUGGGAUUCGCCACAAACUCAACAAGUAUCCCAGCACUGGUCGGAAAGGGUUGUCUUAUAUUAAGUGAUGAGCUAAACCACACGUCUCUGGUUCUCGGUGCCAGGCUUUCAGGAGCUACAAUUAGAGUUUUCCGACACAACAAUAUGAAGAACCUGGAAAAGUUAUUGAGGGAAGCUGUUGUCAAUGGUCAGCCUCGCAGCCACAGGCAGUGGAAGAAAAUUCUUAUCCUCGUAGAAGGAAUCUACAGCAUGGAAGGGUCUAUUGUCCGCCUUCCGGAGAUUGUGGCGCUAAAGAAGAAAUACAAGGCUUACAUUUACUUGGAUGAAGCGCACAGUAUUGGGGCAGUGGGAGCUACAGGCCGAGGUGUGGUGGAGUAUUUUGGGAUGGACACUGCAAACAUCGAUGUGAUGAUGGGAACAUUCACCAAAAGCUUUGGAGCUAUGGGAGGAUAUAUUGCUGGGAAAAAGGACCUUGUGGACUACUUAAGAAGUCAUUCACACAGUGCACUUUAUGCAGCAUCUAUGUCGCCACCUGUGGCAGAGCAGAUCAUCAGGGUGAUGAAGUGCAUCAUGGGACGCGAUGGGACAAUGUCCGGUCUGAAAAGAGUACAUCAGCUCGCAGAGAACACCAGGUACUUCAGGCAGAGGUUGCAUAACAUGGAUCUGAUUAUAUAUGGGAAUGAAGAUUCCCCUGUUGUCCCUGUGCUCAUGUACAUGCCAAGCAAAGUAGGGGCAUUUGCACGACAUAUGCUGGAGAAGAAAAUUGGUGUUGUCAUAGUUGGGUUCCCAGCAACCCCUAUUGCUGAGGCCAGAGUGAGAUUUUGCAUUUCAGCAAAGCAUUCGAAGGAAAUGUUGGACAGAGUCCUGGAUGAACUUGACAAGAUGGGAGACAUUCUAAAUGUGAAGCAUUCAAGGCACUCCAGGAAAAACCGCAAAGUGAUUUAUGACAAAACAAAUGUUGAACUUGAUGCUUGAAACUGGAAUCCCAUUGGCUGGAUUUCUUUGCGAUCACCAUUGUCGUGAAGCUCCCGGACUUUGGAUAAUAUUACUAUGCAGCUCUUCAUCGCGGUUUGGUGCUCUAAACUCAUGAACAUUCCAAUUUUAUUGUCUGCACUUGAACAAUGUAACGUUUUGUAUAGUUUAUACAUUUUAAUGCUUUUUUAGAAAUAUUAUUUAGUCUUUUUUAUCUAGAGUGUGGAAACAUGAAAGAGUUACUUAUAAGAC